AUGCCUCAGGAUAUGCCGCCCGUGGGGGGUUACCAGGCUGUGCAGUACAAGCGCAACUUGCCCGCCCGUGGAUUCCGCCCCGGCACAAUGUUGAUCGGUAUGGGACUGGUGAUGGGAUACGGAUGGUAUCAGUUGACCAAGGGUAUCCGGGAAGCCAACGAGCUGGCGAGAGAGAAGAUGUGGGCGCGCAUUCACCUUAUCCCCCUCCUCCAAGCCGAGGAGGACCGCGACCAGGUUCGUAGGUGGUACGCCGACCAGGCGAGAGAGAAGGAGCUGUUGGGCGAGAACACCAAGGUCUACCACAACGAGAGAUUCGUUCGUCCUACCUUUGCCCUUGCGCCGCAAAGCAAGAACUAG